GACGGUUCCGUAAACAUACGGAAAUCGAUUAGCGCACGGAAUCGCACGAUCAAUAAUAUUGAGUUGCAGAGGCUGAAAAAGUGGGUAGUUUUAACCAAAACAUGAAGAGACAAGAAAGAAAGCAGUUUAGGAAAUAGCAAUAAUGGUAACGAUGAUGAGAUCUAGGUUUAGUGUUAUCACAGUGGUAGGGGUUCUGAUGUAUACAGUGUUAGGUAAAUAUCCAGGAGAGGAGAAGCAUGAAGUUGGUACGUUAGAAGGAGACGUGCAGAAUUGGGCUGUUCUUAUAGAGAACUAUAUACUUCAGCUUGCAUACGAAGGUAUAAAUCAGCACUACACACAGGGAUAUCUCGAUCAAGCUAAAUACCUCUCAGAUACAAAGAAUGGUCAAGAUAUUGUACGUCUUGUUAAAGACAACUUGGCAAACUAUUUUGAGCAGAAAAAGAAAGCAGCAGAGAGUCUAGUUGAGAACAUAACGAGGCUUCAUGAUGAAUUUCUAUUGUCAAAUGGUAGUGCCAAUGUGAGUAAACUGUCAAUGCUACCUCAGGAGGUCUAUGCCGAUUCAGAUAUACCAGAAAGGUUGCCGACACACCGAAACUUUAAUCCAUAUUUCAAGCAGCAAGUAAGCUGGGAUCAAUCAACAGUAAAGAUAGCAGACGAGGUACCCAGAGAUGACAUAAGCACAAUAAAUACGGUGCAUUUCACUGCUAAACUUGACGCAUUAUUCAAGGAAAAUCAUGAAAUUGAUCCGACCCUGAGAUGGCAGUAUUUUGGAUCUACAGCUGGUAUAGUGCGUAUAUUUCCCGGGCGGGAAUGGUCGACAAAUUUUGCGGGUUUCUAUAAUGAUUAUGAUCCAAGAGUCAGGCCUUGGUAUAUCGCAGCAACAAGUGGACCCAAAGAUGUGAUAAUCAUAAUUGAUUGCAGCUAUUCCAUGAGAGGUGAGAAAUUUAGUAUCGCCAAAGGUGUUGCAAAAACAGUGAUCAAUACUUUGACAAAACAGGACUAUGUGAAUGUGAUAUGUGCUAGGGCAAGCUACUGGGAUGAAGUUGGCAAGUGGCAUUUCUAUGAGACAACAGUACUGAGCUGCCACUCAGAGAGAAUGGUACCAGCUACUAUUGCACACAGGAAAGACCUUAUAAAAAAUGUGGAGAAUUUACGUCCAGGGGGAACCAGUGAACUUGAGAGUGGAUUUGAGAAAGCAUUUAGUUUGUUGAAUAGCAAUCCACGAACAGGUUGUCAGUCUGUGAUAAUCUUCGCCACAGAUGGGAAAGACACGGAUGGGGAAAAUGUUAGAUGUGGCCCAGGUUACUACACAAGGAGUGGGUAUGUACCUGGCCCUGUAUGUAAAUAUAACUGGACAAAAGUAUGGUCAGUGGCAGAUGGUAAAAAUUCCUACACCAGUCCUCAUGCACGGGUUUUUAGCUACCUAAUCAAAGAAGAUGCAGAGAUGUUUCCAGGGAAACUAGCCUGUAGUCAUGGAGGAAGUAUGCUCAAAUUGACCACUGGUGAAAACUUAAUCUCUCAGAUGAGCAACUAUUUUGAAUUUCUCUCAUCAAAUGCAAAAACAACGAAGGCUUUGUGGACAUCACCGUACCUUGAUGCCUGGGGUUUAGGAAUCAUGGUCACUCACGCUAUCCCUGUUAUUAGUAAAGUUACUAAAAGAACUAUAGGAGUUGUGGGCAUAGAUGCUACAUUAGAUAAGAUAGAGAAUUUUCUCACGAAACAUCAGUGGGGAACUGUCUACUCAUUCCUGAUCAACAACCAGGGAGAGACCAUAUUUCACCCAAAACUGAAACCUAGUACAAAUUUAUUAGAGGACCCUAUAUUUAUCCCUAUACAACAAUUAGAGAAGAACACCGAGACAAACAAGCCAGAAGAGUUUUCCGAGAUUGAACGCAACAUGAAACUCGGCAAAGAAGGCUCUCUUAGAAUUGAAAAAGCCAAAGAUGGCAAACCUAGGACAUUCUACUAUGCAGGACUGAACAACUCAGAAUAUUCAUUUGCCUACAGUAUUGCUGAUACAGAUAUGGAAUUUCUGAGAUCUCAGGAGCCAAUCAACAGAGACGACUAUGUAACAAGUUACUACAACUUACUGAAACAUUAUAACAGUACCCUGGCAAAGAAGUCCUUACCACCCGGUACACUAGAAGAAAUAGAAAUCAAGGAGAAUGAAGAAAAAUAUCCGGGUUUACGUGUCACAUACAAAUAUUCAACAAUAUUUCUUGCGCCCAUGUCACAUUGUGAUCCGAUAGAGUAUAUUUAUGAUGAUAAUCUGGAUAAGAAAACCGUUGAUGCACAUAAAUGGAUUAAUAGCUUUGAACCGGAUUUGGGUUGCGAGAAAGGGCACCAGAAAUUUGAGAAAGGUGUAAGGGCAGAUGUGUUGAUUACACAACCUAUUGAAGAGAUCUGGAAGGCAAGUUUAUUUGAGUCACUCAGCAAUGUAAAAUGGUUUAAUGUGGGACUGAGAAGUGGGGUGUUCAGAGCUUAUCCAGGUCACAGAUCAAGACGGACAUACGACCCAACUAAGCGACCAUGGUACAAGAGGACAAGUGCAGCCCCUCAUCAGAUAUCUAUAUCAACACCAUAUAUGGAUGCUGCUGGUGUUGGAAAGAUCAACACUAUAUCACAGGCAGUUUUUGAAGGGAUGAAAGUGAAGACGGAAGAGGAAUGUCGUAAUUUUUCCGACUCUGGACCAUGGCCAGGGGGAUGUAAAUGUAACGUUGAUGAUGAUUGUAUAAUCAAGGUUUGUUACCUAAGUAAGAGCCCCUAUGCCGAUGAUCAUCGCCGCUGUGCCACAGAACGUGUUGAGGCUGUGACUGGACUUGAUAUUCUAUAUGAUGACUUCCAAAACAAAACAAUGGACAGUAUGGAAGCUAGUGACUUCAAAAAGUCUUGUGGUCAGCUAUAUGAUUGUCCAGAUGGGGAACCUGGGUGCUCCACAAGAUGUUAUUUGUUCGACUCAAAUGCAUUUCUGAUAAUGGACCCUGAUUUCUUAUUGGCGAGUGACCUUGAUGAGAGCAAGUACGAGCGAGUGCAGCUCGGAGAAAAAGAAGGCGAGGUAAUGAAGGAUCUGGUGUAUAAACACGGUUUUAUACGAAGGACCGAGAAGGUCGAUUUCCAGGGAUCUUGUAGAAUAACGCCAGAGGAACCGAAGGAAACAUUGGAUGGUAUACCAAAGAACCCUGAAGAACAAGAUGACUAUAUUAGAAAUAAAGGGCCAAUACCAAAAUUCAACAAUGAGUUUGGAUGUAUACAAGAUGUAGUGGGAUAUUCAGUCAAUGAAACAGCAUUAGGUCCAAGUCGGAUGGUAACGGGUAAUGUAUCUGGACCAUGUAUGUCAGGAUUUUACUAUGUUACCACACUUCCCAAGACGAAUCUCUACCUACUUGUUAUAGAGAACUGGAAACAGUAUAGAGAGUCUCUGUUCUAUAACUUCAACUGUAAAAUAACUAGAAGCAUUGUGAACUCAGGGGCUUACAGAAUAAUAAAUGGGACUUGUGCCCACGAGGAAUCACCAACAGUUACUCUAGCAGGACAGAACAAAUGCCCAGCAUUAAGAGAUCUCAAGCUACCGUGUACAUAUACCACAGGCUGUAGACACACUAUAUCUGUAUGGUUACUAAGCUGUUUGCUGAUUUUGAUGUUAGUCAUUAAAUAGUGCCAGUGGAAUCAAGACUUAAAAUCAACAGUGACAUUCCAUUAUACUCUGAAAAACAUUCCUGUGCAUAUAAAGCAACUCAAGUGUACAUUCAUGAAAAUACUCAAGUGUACAUUCAUGAAAAUACUCAAGUGUACAUUCAUGAAAAUACUCAAGUGUACAUGAAAACACUCAAGUGUACAUUAAAACACUCUAGUGCACAUUAAAAACAUUUCAUUGCACACGAAAAUACACAAGUGUACAUGAAAAAAACAUUUAAAUGCACAUAAAAAUACUCUGGUGCAUAUAAAAACAGUGUACAUAAAAGUUUUCCAGUGUACAUAUUCAGAAUUUUACCCUUUAAGUUUCGAAUUUAUGUAAUGGACAUGACCUAGUUUGAUUUUGGAAUUGUCCAUUAAUUAUUUAAAGAGAUUUCUACAUUGAGAUUAUCUAAGACUGAGCUGCCAAAACAUUGUAUAUACUAUUGACAGUCAGUCUUCAUUUCAGUGAAAGGGUCUCCACAGAGGUUUUUUGACAUGACUGGACUAGGAAUAUUUUUUCAAGAUUUUUAUACAAUUUGAACCCAUUAUGUUGGUUUUGUCAUGAUGCGGCUCAUUUGAUGAAAAUCUGUACCAAAAACUUGUGUCAUAAAUUGAAGUCAUUUGUCCAUUCCGUUUUUCCAGAGAAUCAUUUUUAGUGUGCAAAAUAACAUAAAAAUGAAAAGUGUUGUAAUGCUUUUUAACUUAAAUUGCUAAUUGAGAAUUGCACUUGUUAUCAAUUUUCAAUUUAAUUCUGGGUAUAUUCCUCUAUUACCCUUGUCAUAUUUUUUCUGUUUAUGUGCCCAGGUUGGAUCCAUGUACAUGAUGUAAGAUUUUCAAAAUUAAUGUUGUUAUGCUUUUGGACAUCAGUGAAGUUCCUUUAACUAACUGAAUUUCUUAUAUUGACUGGUACAGCUUCUUUUUUUAUUGAAAUGUCCAUGAUCAAUUUAGGGAAUGUUAAAAUGAAAAUUUGAAGUUAUACAGUAAAGAGUUUUGAACCUAGUCAGACUGCAUGGAUGUGUAGACUGGCCUGGCUCUAUUCUGGUGGCAUUAAAGUCUAAGCAGCAAGGUAAGGUUUCAAGUCUAAACGUUAAAAAUAGGACUAAGACUUCAUGAUGAAUAUUAUUAUGAUUUAGCUCUUUUUUGAAUAUGCAAUUUCUUUAGAUAAUGGAUACACAUACUGCCGCAAUUAGUUCUUUAAGAUUUCAAGAAAGACCUGAAAUAGUGAAAUAUAGCAAAAAUGUAAAAUUUAAUUCAAAGUUAAGUUCUAUGUCAAGGUCUGUCAGUAGAUAUAAAGGUUAAAGGAUUGACAGACUUUAUCAGUUUGAAAAAACUAAGAAAACAUGUUGGAUAAUGGAAUGUCAACAGUUUGACGGCCAUAGGAUAGUUAUUUUAAUAUUACAGACCACCUGGUUGUUAUAUACUGUGGGAUGAGAUAGGAGGAUAGGACACAGAAGAAAUAAAAAGGAUGCAAUUAUUUCCUGUCAGCUAAGAUAGCUUUAUACAGACGUCAUUAUUUUCCAGUUUGGAAAAUUAUUUUUCUAGCUAAUCUGUAUGUGAAGGCCAUAAUUUUCCAGUUUGGAAAAUUAUUGUUUUAGAUAAUCUGUAUGUGGAUACCAUUAUUUUUCCAGUUUUGAAAAUUAUUGUUCUAGAUAAUCUGUAUGUGGCGGCCAUUGUUUUUUUUAGUUUGGAAGCUUAUUGUUCUAGAUAACCUGUAUGUGGAGGCCAUUAUUUUCCAGUUUGGAAAAUUAUUGUUCUAGAUAAUCUGUAUGUAAAGGCCAUUAUUUUCCAGUUUGGAAAAUUAUUGUUCUAGAUUAUCUGUAUGUGGAGGCCAUAAUUUUCCAGUUUGGAAACUUAUUGUUCUAGCUAAUCUGUAUGUGGAGGCCAUAAUUUUCCAGUUUGGAAAAUUAUUGUUCUAGAUAAUCUGUAUGUGGAUGCCAUAAUUUUCCAGUUUGGAAACUUAUUGUUCUAGCUAAUCUGUAUGUGGAGGCCAUAAUUUUCCAGUUUGGAAACUUAUUGUUCUAGCUAAUCUGUAUGUGGAGGCCAUAAUUUUCCAGUUUGGAAAAUUAUUGUUUUAGAUAAUCUGUAUGUAGAUGCCAUUAUUUUCCAGUUUGGAAAAUUAUUGUUCUAGAUAAUCUGUAUGUGGAGGCCAUAAUUUUCCAGUUUGGAAACUUAUUUUUUCUAGCUAAUCUGUAUGUGGAGGCCAUAAUUUUCCAGUUUGGAAACUUAUUGUUCUAGCUAAUCUGUAUGUGGAGGCCAUAUUCUAGUUUGGAAAAUUAUUGUUUUAGAUAAUCUGUAUGUGGCUGCCAUUGUUUUUUUAGUUUGGAAGCUUAUUGUUCUAGAUAACCUGUAUUUGGAGGCCAUUAUUUUUCCAGUGUUCUAGAAAAUCUGUUUUUGGGGGCCAUUAUUUUCCAGUUUGAAACACUAAGUUUUUUAUAAACAUGUUAUCUAUUUGUAUUUUGAUGUACACAUGCACAUGAAAAUUGGAUUAUUAAAUGCAGAAUAAAAGUUUGGUUCAAGUGACUUAGCUAGAGUUUGAUCAAGGACUAAACUUUCUUUUAUGUGGAAAAAGCUACAAUCUUAAAACUUGAACCACAUACUCAAUUGAAUAUGCCAUGUCAGUUUUAUACUUGAUGUAGAUUUUGACAAAAAAAUUUAAUGUAACUGGUAGACAGCUAGGUGAUUAAUCUAGUAGCACUCUUGUUAUAAGUAUAUUAACUUGAUGUAAUUUUGAGCCAUCCAUAUUUCUAACCAGUAUUUACCUUUAAAUCAAAUGAAAAACAUGUUGUUGUUAUUUACUUUUGCAUGCCUCGAUUGUACAUUCUAAUUACCUGGGAAUGGCCAGAAAGGCUACAUAUUGAAGAAUGUCUAUUUAUGUAAUAUUCUGAGAUGGUUUUAUACUGUAAACAAACAACAAUAAUGUUUGCUUUUGAUACCAGUGCCCUCUUUUAAAGUUUGUUUACAAAAACAAGUUGCUUGCUUUUGAUGCCAGAGGUCUU